CCACAAUGAUACAAUGCUGUAAGUUCCUUAAAUGACUAAGUAUCACCAAGUAAGCGAGCUAGUUAGUUCAGGUCAAUAAACUCCCCGCGAGAAUGUCACGUUCAACUAUCUCCUGUUAAACGAAUUGGACAAGUGAAAUUUGCAUAUUUGAGAAACUUUAAUUAAAUUUGGCAUUUAAUCACAAAAUAGGGAACUAGUUAUUUAGCCAAUAUCCAAUUGUCACAGAUUUUGCAACACAAAGUAUUUCUACUCAAACUGACAACGCCUGUCAUCAAAACUCCAUUUAUUCCAAUCCCAUUUCCAGCAUUUAGCCCGUAUGCUAUGCGGUUUUAAGUGCUCAUCUACAUAGUUCUAUAACAUUUUGAGGCUUCCUGCCUCUCCAGUGAGUUCCAGAUAACUACAACCCUCUGAAGAAAAAGGGUAUUAAAAUCCCCUUUAAAUCUUCUGCUCCUUACCUUAAAACUGUGCCCCCUGGUUUCUACCUAUGUAGAACUUCAGAACUUUGCACAUCUCAAUCAGACCCCUCCUUAGAAUUCUUUGGAAAACAAUUUAAUUUAUCCAGUCUCUUUUCACAGCCCAAUCGCUGCAGCCCAGGCAACAUCCUUGUGAAUCUGUUCUGUACCCUCACGUGCAAUCACAUCCUUAUGAGAAGGGAGUCAGUUAUCUGGAUAGCUUGUUUGUGAUGAAAGGCGAUGCCAACUAUGUGGAUUCAAUUCUUACAGUGGCUGAGAUUACUCAUUUCGAAUCUCUCUCCCCUUAUCUGAGGAUGGUAGGACUAUGGCGACAUUACCUUCCUACAGUCUGGCGACCAGAACUGCACACAGUACUCCAGACCGCCUAACUAAUAUCUUACACAGUUCCAUCACAGCCUCCUUACUCUUGUUUUGGACAUGAACCCAGAACUUAGUGUACGGUGGCAUUUGACAAUUAACAAGUAACCUUUAAGCGCCUUAACAAGUUUAGUCUUUAUGUUCUAAAAUAUUAGUUACUGUUUGUUUACGUAGGAACAACAGGUCCGCGCUCGAGUCGUAUUUUACUUAACAAUUAAGAAAAUAAUUUAAAGCGUAAAAUUAUCAAAAUAAAGAAAUUGUACAUAUAAACUAAGGCAUACAGUUCUAUCAAGAGUUUUGUUUAAAACUAUUUAAAUAUUACUAUCCACUAAUGCUGAGUCACACUAAAUAUCCUUGAUUGCUGUUUGAAGCUUCUUCCCGUUAAGUGUGAAACUAUUAAAUAGGAUGAUCUAUCAAUCAUUUCCGAGGUAUUUACUUUCCGACAAAUAACACCAAUCAGCAUAGCUCACAGAGUACAAUGGCGAUGGCCGGCGUCUAUUUAAUUGAUAUAAUCGCUAGCCAAUUAAAAAAACGAAGUCGAGAAGAGUAGCCAAUCAAAGGCGGAGUAAUGCCAAAGACGAGGCAAGGUCCAUUCCAAUUGGUUGGCGGUUUGCUUUCGGCUCAAUGAGUGAUGCUAAUGUCACAACGGGUGGGUGGAAGGGAAGGCAAACCCAGCCUUUAAAAACCAACCCGGUGGAGCAGUGCGCAGAGUGGGCGGGAUGGAAAUGAUUGACACCGAAAUUGACGAAUAAGCAUAAAGACUGUACAGCUACAACCAAUCGACCUCAGCCACAGGCUGGGUCUGGUGGGUUUGUGGGGGAGGGGGAGACAUGGGCCCGUGUUGAAAUAGAGGGAGAGAGAGAAAAAAAUACCGUGCGCAGAAAGGAAAACUUGCCGGGUGCAAAAGUUUUUUUUGUAAGCGUCUGCAUAGUUACGGGUUGGGUGAAACAAUGGAACGUCUGUUUUUCUAUUCUCUAGAACUUUCGGCUUAGCUCUUCUCCUUCCACUCCCCACCCUGUUUAUUUUGUUUUAAAUUCUAGCCGUUAUUUUAAACGCUAAACGGUCCUUUGUUCCUUGGAACGUUUGUUUUUUUUCCUCUCUCUUGGUCGCUCGCUGUCAGACUGCGGGAAGAUGGACUGCGAGCCGAACCGGGCGCGCCUGAUGUGCAUGUUAUGGUUGACAUUCGGCUUCUUCGUGGUGGAGGUGGUAGUGAGCCGGCUGACCAGCUCGCUGGCCAUGCUGUCCGACUCCUUCCACAUGCUGUCAGAUGUCAUCGCCCUGGUGGUGGCCCUCAUCGCCGUGCGCUUCGCCGCCAAGACCCAGUCGACCGCGAAGAACACGUUCGGCUGGAUCCGCGCCGAGGUGAUGGGAGCGCUGGUCAACGCCGUCUUCCUGACGGCGCUCUGCUUCACCAUCGUGCUGGAGGCCAUCGAGCGCUUCAGCGAGCCGCGGGAGAUCCACAACGCGUUGGUGGUGACCGGGGUCGGCGCCGCCGGGCUCCUGGUCAACCUCCUGGGGCUCUGUAUGUUCCACGGCAGCGGCAGUGCCGCCGGCGGAGGAGCGGCCCACGGCCACUCGCACUCCCAUUCACACUCUCACUCCAGCUCGGAGAGCGGGGGCCACUGGCUCCGCAAGAAGAAGAGGGCCGAGGCUGGGAAACUGUCCGGCAACGGGACGAGCGUCCGUGACCAGGAGGAGAUCAACAUCCUCGUCAGCGGCAGCGCCAUCAAUGGUGUCAACCCCGACAAGCAGGAUGUAUUCGAUCUACUGAGG